AUCAACUCAUUCCCACAUAUUUCUCACCGAUGCACGCAUAUAACAGACUUGUCAGACGGUAUCAUACUAUUUGAAGUUCUUGCCGACAUCGACCCCAAAUGGUUUAAACUGAUUCGGUCGGCGGACGUGGGCGACAACUGGGUGCUCAAAAUUAACAAUUUGAAAAAGCUACACAAGCUAGUCUCUCGUUAUUUCGAAGAAGUUCUCGAUCGCGACAGCGAAAACCUGCCCUCAGUCAACCUGAAUGCUAUCGCCAAAGAUGCAGACAUCAAGGAAACCAUCAAACUCUGCCAGCUUGUCAUCUGUAUCGCAGUCAUGUGCAACAAGAACCAAAUCUAUAUUGCGAAAAUCCAAGACUUGUCGCAGACAGCACAGCACGCUUUGAUGCUUAGCAUUGAAGAUGUCAUAAAGACUAUCCCAGGCAUAUGUGGCGUGAGCAACCAACAAUCAUUCAAAAUUAGAGAGGCCAUGUUCCGCAAUCCUGCCGAGCUUACAAGAAUUAUCGAAGAAAAACAAGAAUUAGAGAUGCAGCACAAGCAGUUGAUUGAGGAACACGCUCAGCUCCGUUAUCGCUAUGUAAGACCCUGACUUCCUUAUCCUUCAUAGAUGUCAAAAGAAAAGUGGCAAAAAAAAGGAGCUAACUGGAUCGAACCGAACCAACCAAUAAAGGAUGAACUCGAAAGCGAAAAGGAGGAUCUGCAGCUUCGCUUACGGGAUAUGGACAAGGCAGUUGAGCAGGCAAACGAGACGGGCCGUGCAGAUUUCGUCAUGCGUACCGAGAUCGAGCACCUGAAACAAGAUCUGUAAA